UCCAACAGUCCUGAUAAAUUCCUGAAGAUUCCAAAUAUUUUUCCCCAAAAUCCUCUUUUCUCAAUCUAGGGUUUGUUUUGUCUCUCCAUCGAAGUCACACAAUCCACAAACGCACACAUCGAAUCAAUUGAUUCUUGAAUUGUUCAUAGCACCUAUGCAACCGCCAAAUUCUCUUCUUCCAAUCGAACUUGGGUUUCUAUAAUCUUUAACUAGGGAUUUAGGAUUUUCCCAUCACUGGUUUCUAUUUUUUUUCGUUUCUGGGAUAUUAAUUUGUUAAAUUUAAGGUAAAAAAAUUGUCAUAUUAAAGGUUCUACUAUGGUAAUCUCUCUUCUAUUUCGAAUUUCAUCAGCUUCUUCGGUAUCACUGGUGAUUAUGAAUCUUAGAGCUUUUGGCCCCGGUUUGAAUCCCUUUGCCCCUUACAAUUUGGCCAACCAUUCCUCUCGCUAAACAUCCCUCUUUUUUUUAUUGGUUUUCUUGAUUUUUGUCUCUCUCGCAAAUCAGGUAACAGAAGUUGUCAAAAGAAGCUGGAAAAGAUUUGGAAAAGAAGAUUUUUCAAAUAUCUUGUGUUUUAGGGAUUAUAUCUGCUGAAGUAUUUGGUGGGUUUUUGUUAAAACCCCAAGAUAAGAUCAAAUCUUUGCCUGGAAAUUGUUUGUGCGUUUGGUUGAUUUCCGUGAGUCAUGUGAUUGAGGUAUUUCUUUGAAUUUUAAAAUUUCUGGGCUUGUGUUUAGCUUGGAAAAUAGAAGCUUCCCUCCUGUCUAGAAACUUUUAGGUUCUAUCCCUGAAUUUGAGGGUUUUUGGGCUUAGUUUUUCUCUUUGCUAUUGAAUCCGGCAAGAAGAAGAAGAAAACUUUGAUCUUCGUGAUUGUCCUAGAUUUGCUUGUUUGGUGGUGACGAACGUCUGAUUUGGAGAAAGAGUGUUGAAUUUGGGUCGUGGUAGUGUUGGUGGUAAAAUUUGUAGGAUUUAGUGGAAUACUUGUAUGUAUAGUGGUAUUCCAAUUGAAAACUGUUUUGUAGAGGAAACGGCAAAGGAAGUAAUGCCACAGGAGCAGGAGGGUUCGAUCAGGCGGAGGAGACAUUUGGAUAGGUCUGCAGGGGAUACAGAUGAUCGAGGUUGGACUCCGCUUCAUAUUUGUGCAAGGAAAGGCGAUCUCAAGGAGGUGAAACGACUUCUCAAGGAAGGAAUGGAUGUAAAUGUGGCUGCAUGGGGGCCAAAAUCACAUGGUGUUACCCCUCUCCAUCUUGCAGCCAAGGGUGGCCAUCUCAAAGUGAUGGAUGAAUUGCUUGACCAAGGUGCUGACAUUGAUGCACGCACUAAGGGUGCCUGUGGCUGGACCCCACUGCACAAUGCGGCUAAAGAAAGAAAGAAAAAAGCAAUCAGAUUCCUGGUAGAAAAUGGGGCAUUUUUGCCCGAUGAUAUUAAUGACACGAGGUUCAAUCCGCCGCUUCACUAUUGCCCUAGUCUUGAAUGGGCUUACGAGGAGAUGAGACGUCUCCAACAAGACAACUCCACAUCUAGCGAGAUAACCUCUUCCAGCUCUGAAAACUGAGCCAGAGUCGCUCUACUGCCAUAUAUUGCAAGGCUUCGUCUAUGAAAUAUUAUCUACUACUUUUCCUAGUAAAAAUGCACUGUGACUUGGAGUAAAAUGCACUCUGCCAUAUUUUGUUCUGUGUCCUGUACUGUGUAAUCCAUCCUCCAUACCCUGCUUUGGUGCUACAUGUAUGCAAGUGGUUCUUGGUGAAGAUUUUUUCAUGAAAUGGCUUUUUAAGACUCGUGAUCUCUUUA